UUUGGAAUAUAUUAUCAAAAAUUAAAAACUAAUCUUUCAUUUUUUUUAUUACUGUAAUUUCUACAAGGUUCUAUUACACUUAGUAGUCAUAAAAAUUGAUAGCUAUCAUUCACACAAACCUACAUGUGUCUCUCUUUUUGCUUUUACUAGAAGAUGUGUAUCCUUCAUUUUCUACCCACUUCAUCUGUUCGAACUCUCCAGUAACAUUGCUGUAUCAUUUCACUUGCCAACCAAAAAAAUCAAGCUCGUCACUUGAGUGCAAAAAAAAAGGUACCUUCAUAAACUCUCUUUUCAGUUACAAUUUCUACUAUUUCUCAAGGCCUCAAACACUUAAACUACUUCCACUACUGCAUUUAUUGAAACUUUGGUGUCAUUGUUAUUUUUCUUUUGAAGGCUCAACAACAUCUUGUGCUUUGCUUGGGUUUGCUCUUUGUUCAUUGCAGGACUUGGUCACGUAAGGUUUUAAUGGCAACAAUUGAGAAAUUUAUUAAAGAUAUUCACCCAUCAGAAACAAAAUGGAGGGUGAAAGUGAUUGUUCUAGAGAAAGGAAUGCCGAAAACUGCUCGAAAUGCUACAAAAAGAAAUCAAAACUUGCUACUAUCUGAUUCGCAGAAAACACAAAUCCAGACCACUAUAUAUGAUGAUGACAUCGAGAAGUUCCAAAAUACCUUGGCUGUUCACGGAUGCUACUAAAUAUCAAACACCUAUGUCAAAUUUACAAAACCACAAUAUCAAGUACUAGAGAUACCAUAUGAAUGGGUAAUAAAUAGUAGAUGUACUUUAGUUGAAAAUGUGCCACAGGAAGAUAUCUCAAUGUUAACUUUAGUAGAAUACAAUUUCACUCCUUUUGUUAGCUUCUCAGAUCAUAUGGAUCAAUCAACUUCAGUUGACUUGAUGGCAGUUGCAAUUAUUGUGAAUCCUAAGAAGCAAAUAUACACCAGUAAUUGUUUGCAAGACUUACAAGAGCUAAUAGUUGUUAAUGAAGAGAAAAAACCAAUUGGCCUGACAUGCUGGGGACAUUUUGUUGUUAAUGAAUGUGCUACAAUUACAAAAUUAAUAGCUACUACGCCUAUCAUUGUUGCUAGACGUCUGAAAGUCACAUCAUUUAAUGAAAUCUCAUUAUCAACAAAGAUAGACAGCUCUCUCAUGAUCAAUCCAAAUGUUGCUAAAGUACAAACACUGAGGCGGUGGUGUACUGAAAAUGAAACUUUUCUUCAAGACCCCAGAAUGAAUAAGAAAACAUGCUUAGAAUCCAUGUCCCAUCUAAUAAAACCUCAACUACAUCUUAUGACACCUAUAAAUGCCAUUAAACCAGGUAAGACAUAUUGGACCACAACUUCAAUUACUAUCACAAAUUCAACACAAACACUUUGGUACAUGGUAUGUAGCGAGUGUAAAAGAAUUACAACUACUGACUUCAAUCAAGCAUUCACUUGUAUAAAAUGCACUAAAAAUGCAACACCUGAACCACGAUUUGUCUUACUUUUAACGCAAUCUACAUUUUCUAUUUUCUAUAUUUUACUUUCUCAUGUUUUAUAAAUUAUUUAUAAUUUCUCCAUUUCACUAUAUUAUCAUAUCAAAUAUGUUUUAUUUUAUAAAAAAUAACUUCAGUUCAAAUUCACACGUGACAAAACAUUACAUAUAGUAUGUUACAUUGCAAUGUAUUCAGAACUAGAAUCACUGUACAACUUAAUGACUCAAGUGGUUCCUUGGAGGCAAUAAUGUUUGGUAAAAAGGCUGAAAUGUUCUUAUGUUGCUCCACCUCAGACCAUGUCAAAUUUUCAACUCAGGUAAUAAAUGUAGGAAAUAUUUUACCAGGAUCUAGAUUUACUAACAACUAUGUUUCAUUAACAUCCUAAUAUGAAUUCUAAAACAUUGAAAUAAACACAUAAGGUUUUAAGAAAACCUUACAUUGGGUGUAGUGAAAUAUAAUGACUCCUUCCGUUCAGAUCUCUAGCUCUUGAUUCUUUUCUGUAGCAGUGCAUCACCAAGAUCUGAACCUGGAUCUCCUUCUCUCCUUCCUUGAUGUUAAUUCUCCUUCUUGUUGGUUGGAUUUUUCACAAUCUUCCACACUAUGAUUGAGAUACCACUUGAUGUGUGUGGGCACUCACUAAUUCACUCAAAGGCUAAACAAUUGAAGAAGAAAAGAGAGGUAGAGAGUGGAGGCUAGGGUAUAGGUAGAAGGCUUAGAAUUUUCUCUCAAGGAAUGAGAUGCAUCAUCUUUUUCCUGAAGCCAUCACUAUCUAUUUAUAGGUAACCACCUAAGUUUAGGUUAGAAUUAUUUGGCAUUAAAAUAAUAGACAAAUAAAUGGUAAAUUCUAAGUGUGUCCGGCGAUAGGUUUAGGUAACCAUUUUGUAAUUUUGCCAUUUUGUCAUUGUUCCAUCCCAUUUUCUCAAAAACGUCAAUUUUCUAAUUUAACCACUUAAAUGCCAAUUCCAAUUAU